GCGAGCUGCUUUUCUCCCGCUGUAACUGAAAGGCGGGCAGACAGGGUCUAGGCUCUGGGAGUGAAUUAGAACUCUCCGCUAUAUCUAUUACCGGGUAACUGUCUCCCCGGGUCGGAGGGUGUACCACCAUCACAUACACACUCCCGGUCUCGGAAGUUUAAUUGAUUUAAGGACAUCUGUAUUAAACAGCCAUCGGCUGCCUCCACGAGUCCGGAAGAACCACCUAGUUAGAAAUAGCAUACUACUUGCUGUCUGACGUCCUCUCUGCCCCUGUCGAUCCAUCUCUCUUUUUCUUUCUCGUUCUAGCUCACACACGCGCGCGCACCUUCCUCUAUCACACACUAACACUGGAAAGUUUGAUUGCGUUGGCUCGUGGUCAAGAAGACAGCGUUUUUAACGGAAUCAGCCAGUCGAUGUCAGAGAGACCAUCCCUCUCCUGGCCCGGAACAGGGCACCCUCAAAACGUUUAACGGAUACCGGGACAGCCAGCGAGCAGGUUCUUGGCUCCGCAGCGGGUCCUGUUUCGCAUGGACAGCUGUUAUUAGCGGGGAACUUUCUUUCCAACUCUUGCUCCUUCCAGAGAGGAUGUUAACGUUAUCAGUCCAUUUCACAUGAAAACACUCCGUCAGAGUGUGUGUGUGAGUGCGUCUGUGCGUGCCUGUGUAACCUACUAUAUGUGUGUGUGGUUUCAAAUGAAGACCUGAGUUCGUGUGUGUGUUUCUGGGUUCGUGUGGCGCGGCUCUGGUUUUUGGAUUAUUAACCGGCGAGGAGCAGUGUUGGAGAUGUUUCUCUGUUUUACCGAUUUACCUAUUUAUUUAGCCGUUAACGGCUGAACCGGACAGCUCGCAUUCGACUCGUGACUUCAGGAUCACUGCUCUGGAACCUGCCAUGAUUCUGCUGAACCUUCUCAGCGUGCUGGUUCUGCUGGGGUGUGUGUGUGUGGUGUGUGUGUGGGGGCAUGGAUGGAGGGAGCCGCUGGACUGCGUGCGGGCGUUAGAGCUGUGUAACGGGGACAGCCAGUGCAGCUCCAGCUACAGGAUCAUGCGCCAGUGCCUGUCAGGUGGGGCGCGGGAUCGCCAGACCAUGCUGGCUGGCAGAGAGUGCCAGGGGGCCAUAGAGGUCCUACAGGACUCGUCGCUCUACGAUUGUCGCUGUAAGAGAGCCAUGAAGAAGGAAUUACAGUGUCUGCAGAACUACUGGAGUAUACACCAGGGCCUGACAGAGAGCGGAGAGGACUUCUAUGAGAUGUCACCCUAUGAGCUCCACGAAUUCUCAGAAGAGUUUAGACACGCCUCCAUCAUCUCAGACUCUUCUCUGUCCAAGGCCAGCCCAUGUUCGGAGCCAGGGAAACCCUGUAACCCAUGUCUCGAUGCAGCCAAGGCUUGCAACCUCAAUGAAACCUGCAAGAGACAACGCUCCAAUUACAUCGCUAUCUGCAACAAGCUCUCUCAGCCCUCACUGGCCAACCAGGAGCCUUGCAGCCGCAAACGAUGUCACAAGGCGCUGCGUCAGUUCUUUGAGCGUGUGCAGUGGGAGCUGAGUUACCCCCUGUUGUUCUGCUCGUGUUCGGACCAGGCCUGUGCUGAGAGACGUAGACAGACCAUUGUACCUGCCUGCUCCCACCAGGAGAAACACAGACCCUCCUGUCUAGAGCUACGACGCGCCUGCCGCUCCGAUGCACUCUGCAGAUCAAGACUGGCUGAUUUCCAUACGAACUGUCAGAUGACUGGUCACUCCAUCACCAGCUGUCCCCAUGAUAACUACCAUGGCUGCCUCAUGGCCUACGUAGGCCUUAUUGGGUCUGAUGUGACUCCUAACUACAUGGACAGCAGUCCCAGUAACAGCACCAUCUCUCCCUGGUGCUCCUGCAGAGGGACUGGCAACCAGGAAAAUGAGUGUGACGCCUUCCUCAGAGACUUCACACACAACACCUGUCUCAAGAAUGCCAUCCAGGCGUUUGGCUAUGGUCCAGAGGGGAGUGUACUUCCUGUUAUAGAGUCUUUGGCCACGCCCUUUCCUCCCAUACAGCCACCACUCAACUCUAAGCCCGCCCCCUCGCUCCAUGCCAAUGAAAUCAAGCCUCAGGACAGCACCUGUGUCUUCUCAACCUGCGCCAACCUUAAGGAUGGAGAACAAAAGUGCAUUCCCUCCAAUGACUUUGAGUGUGAAGAGGCGUUAUUGGCACAGGGUUCUAAGGGAGAAGAGGGUAGAGCCCAGCACUCUGCAGCAGCCCCUGGAACCCUGAUUGUGAGAGAGUGUGUGAGUGUGUGCAUGUCCAUGUUGGGGCUUCUGCUCCAGGCUCUGUAGUACACAUGUACACUCCUGACUGCUGACCUCGAAACCCUGUCCUCGGGGUCAGACAGGAAGCCCAAACGCCACCCGCAGGAAGUUAUGUGACAUCACAUCCUCCACUACCAUGUCAAAACAACAACAUCGACAGAAAAACUGAGCGAAGAUGAAAGCAGAGUCGAAGAAAGGAGGAAAGGUAUUGGAGAGGAGAAGUGAUGAGAUGAGGAGGAGAAGAGAGAGAGGACAGAGAAGAGACUGGCACUCAUUCUACAGAGAGACAAAGAGAGGGAGAGAGAGAAGGAGACAGACACUGGAUGGAUGAUUCUACAUAUGCCCUGUCCUAUCCUCCCACCCUGAACACUGUGGACUCUCAGGUCUGCAUUACCACCCUUUGUCUUGGUGUUUCUGAGUGUAUAGACACUUUGGCUGAGAUGGUAGUUCUGAUGUCUAACUGAUAGAGUGCAGAAUGAGUUGGCGAAGUGUGCUGCCAAAAGACGCAUUUCCUAAAAAUCUGAUGGGACACUGCACCUCCAGAAAUUCAUCCUCAUAUGCAUUUUAAAAUAAACUGUAAACAGGGUGUGAAUUACGGUAUAGACGGGGGGGGGGGGCUCAGCUCACCUGAAUGAGACGUUAGCUCCCUUAAAUGCAACUAAAGUCAAACUUUGGGGGGUCGCUAAAUAAUGCUAAUUUAACUAUUCUCCUAUUUGUUUAAAAUGCAGUGGUAAAUAUGUUUUACAGUGGUAAAUAUGAGAAUAAAAGCUUACAAAUGAAACAAACACCCCUAUCUCUCUGUCAUGGUUUAAACCAUUUAUUUCUAUGUAGAGGCGCUGUCCACUUAGUACUGCUGAAUUUUGGCCUCAGCUGAGCUCCUUUACACAUAGAUUUUCCUUUGUACUUCCUCAUUUGAGGAAGUCCUUGAUAAAAAAAUAGCCUUUAUUCCAAUGCAUUAGAUUUAUUUGUUGAUUUAUCAUUGUUUGUUUUUGUCGGUCAGCUGUUUAGAGCGCUCAUUGCUUUGUUUUUCAGGUGCGUGUGGGUACUGGUGUUCUCCGUGCCACCCGUGGCCAGAAGUACCAGACCGUUUAUUUAGCUUUAUUAUUUUCUAUCAAUAUUUGUUUUCUUUCCUAGAUCAGCUGAUGAUGGUCAACAGUAUCACUAACCAACUAGCCUAUAGCUGGACACCAAUGUGCAUCCAGUCCAUCCAUCAAGUAUACAUUCAUGAAAGUAGUCCUUUAAGGUAACUUGUUUGGUUAGAAGCAUCUGAUUAUGGCAUAGGUCUACAUCAUUUUGGAUUUAUGACAACUGUUUUCACAUCAUAAAAUGUCAUGUUGGCAUAGUUACACUUACAGUACAUCUACAGAAAUCUCCAAGAUCCAGGAUUCAUACAAGGUUUAAGUUCAAUGUUCUAAUUCAAUUGUUAAAUACUUAUUUAUAACAAAUAAUGUAAUUCAUGUAAGGGACUAAAGUUACUGUUUUAUGUCACAGGAUCUGUGAAGACUCUAAGCAUUAACUCAUGAGUUAUGGACAUGAACUAGGAUGUAAAACAUGUUUUGAUUCAACUCAUGUAUUAUAUUGAAUGUAGGCACCUUUUCUGUGUGUGUUCAUGUGUGUAAAAUUGCCUCGGCUGAGAGGGUAGGCUACUGGCAGUGGUGUAGGCCUAGCGGUGGGUAAAUGCAAGCAACCGCUGUUUACCCACCUUUUUCUGAAAAAUGCAUUGAAAGUAGUCUACAGGGAGCGUUUUCACAGCGACCGGCAAUAGGCUACUGGUAGGCCUAUUAGAAGUUCAUGGUAAAACACAUUGUGGUCUAGUAAGUUGACACUGUGUGUUAGGGUAACCAUCCCGUUUUCCUAGGACAGAUACAGACGCAUUUCAGGUGUCCCGACUUUUCAGACUACAAAAAAAUGUCCAUUUGUCAGCGAGACGCAUCAAUUAAUGCAAGCCUAAUCAAUGGCAACCUCUGAAUGUCAUUAGACACACUGUUUGGUGUUUUGUAACAAAUUCUAUUUCCAUUCAUCAAAUGACGUGAGUAUACAUGCAGCUUGAAUCCUGGAAUUAUUUUGGAGAAUACCAACAUGCACAGGUAGCCUACUUUUUGAAGUGAUUUGUUUGGCAAUCAGAUGAAAAUAUCAUGACUGGUUGUGUUCAUGCCCCAUUAAAAGGUCAUUCAUUUCUACCGUUUAAAUGACAUCUUCAUUAUUAGGCCCAUACAUUUUUUUCACCCCCCUGAAUGUCAUGGGGUAAUUCGCACUCUGACUUUACACCUCAAGUCUGAAGAAUUGGACAGGGCAACAAUCGAGGAGAGGACUAAUCUGCUAGGGCCUCUGACUCUACUUUGAUUAGAUGGACACCACUGGAAUUGGACUAGACUGCAUAGACUCUAAUGUGAUUGGAGCCAAAAGUCCAGAUAGGAGGGACUGUUCCUCUGUCUCUGACCUCAGUAACCUUCACAUCUCAGACAGACAGACAGACAGACA